AUGGCCGACAGCGCAGUGCCAACUUGGGAAUUCAGCACAGCUAUCACGCAGGACAGUCAUGGAGCGUAUCUUAUGGUUGUAAGCAUACUUGGCCUCGUUGCCAGUGUACUUGUGCUGGGCAACCGCUUGAUCAUCAGGUGGCCUUGGAGUGAGCUGCUAGGCAAUGAUGACUGGGUAACAGCAGUCGCGCAGAGCGCAAUCCUCCUCGGUGCUGUCAGGGAAGGGCUCGGCGAGAGAUCAGACUUGAUCGGGGGAAAGGUUGUCGUGGUUCAAAAGCUCAUAUACACCAGCAGCAUUCUGUUCGUCCUAGCACUCUGCUUGGGCAAGCUGGCAGUUGCCUGCCUGUUGAGUCGACUGUCGCCACGACGCGCUGCUACUGCUAUCACUUGCGCUAUCUUGCUAUAUGGACUUGCUGGGAUUCUCACAAUUGCACUCUGCCAAGAUAUCUCACAGCCCUGGAUGGUCACAGCCGCGUCAUCUAGGUCAACGUUAGCAAGAUGGGCAGCCGUGGAGGCGAUGGGCAUGGCACUAGACACCGUCUUGAUCGCAUACUCAGCCUCUCUGGUUGGUGAUCUGAACAUCAGAAGAAGCACCAGGUUCUCGGUCUUCCUCGGGUUUGCGUUGCGAUUCCCCGUAAUCAUCUUUGCGGCACUCCGUCUGGCAGCUAUGGCGACCAUCGACUACCAGGACAUCACCUUCUCGUGUGUCAACACCGAGGUCUAUGGCCAAGUGGAGAUGCACUACAACCUCGUCGCUGCCACGAUACCGUGCCUUCGCAUCUUUCUCAAAGGCUGGAAUACCAGCUUCAACAGCACGUCAUUGAAGGGGAUCGAUCCUGAAGCGUAUACAGUACAUUCUUCACUCUCUCCUGCUCGAACACCCCGACCCUCCAAGCACUCCCGACCAUCGCAGAGCAACAGACUGUCGUGGCGGAGCAGGCGGGCUGACAUGGAUGAGAUCUUCGAUGGCAUCACGCACAAGACGGAGUCUACCAUCUCCUCUGACCGACACGCAAUUCAUCGUCAGACCUGCGAUGGGUCGAAGCAUCCAAUCACUGUACAUCACUCUAUUGAUAUCGAGAUAAAGUGA